AUGAUUCGGAAGAAUGCAUUUGUUCAUGACCAGCAAGAGGAUUCAACAAGCACCCCAGAAAACGGUGGUGAUGAUUCUGUCUACUCUGGUGAUGAAGCCUAUGAAGUGAGCGCCCCUUCACCCAAAAAAAGGAGGGGUGCCCAGAAGAAGGCAAUAUCUGUGCCAAUUUCAGAAGGGGAUGGAUCAAGAAGUAAAACUGAGGUGUACCCGCCACCUGAUUCUUGGUCCUGGAGGAAAUAUGGCCAAAAACCCAUCAAAGGUUCGCCUUAUCCAAGGGGAUAUUAUCGGUGUAGUAGUUCAAAAGGAUGCCCCGCAAGAAAACAAGUUGAGAGGAGUUGUUUGGAUCCCACCAAGCUUCUAAUCACCUACACGUGUGAACACAAUCACCCUCUCCCCAACACCACCACUAAACACCAUCAUCAUUCCCCGGCCCCCGCCACCGCCGCCGCAGUCUCGAAGGCCGCCGCCGCAGCAGCUACAGCCAGCGACAACACCAACGCCACCGCAUCUACUUCUAAUUGCACCUCAUCAUCAACCGGGACCGACAGUAAUCCCGUCAAAUUCGAGGAGGACGGAUUCGGGUCCUUCGCCAACCAGCCCGAUUUGGAUUCAGACAACAGCAGCGGGUUCUCGGAGCUCGCCGGCGAGAUGGGCUGGUUCUCCGACGUGGGGUCCACUUUCGUGGGCAGCUCCACUCUGGUGGGGCCAUCGUGGGUGGAUGCCGACGUGGCGGUGAUGUUACCUAUCGGAGAAGAAGAUCAGUCUUUGUUCGGUGAUCUUGGGGAGUUGCCGGAAUAUUCGGUGGUUUUCCGGCGGCGAGGGCUGGAGAGUACUUCUACGGCUACCUGCUGCGCAGGGAUUGAAAGGGGUGUGAGGAGGAAGGAGGAUGAGAUGGCUGCAUCAUCAGUAUCAGUAGUAGGGAAUGGUUUAUCCAUCCCUUCUGGCUUUAACAAGGAAUUCUAUGGAAGGAAAGUUUUCAUAUCUUCCAGCCUACCGUCGUUGGCAAGAGUACCCAAAGUAGUAUUAGUAAGAGCAUCUCAAGAAAGUUUGAAUGAAGGGAGGAGGGGAUUUCUAAAAGUGUUAUUGGGAAAUGCUGGAAUUGGUGUGCCAGCAUUGCUUUCUAGUGGAAAAGCAUAUGCUGACGAUCAAGGGGUUUCUAACUCAAGGAUGUCAUAUUCUAGGUUUCUGGAGUACUUGGAUAAGGAUAGGGUAAAACGAGUAGAUCUAUAUGAAAAUGGUACCAUUGCUAUUGUUGAAGCUAUCUCGCCAGAGUUGGGGAAUAGGGUGCAAAGAGUACGUGUUCAACUUCCAGGUCUUCCACAAGAGCUUCUUCAGAAAUUCAGAGAAAAGAACAUCGAUUUUGCUGCCCAUAAUGCCCAAGAGGACUCUGGUUCUUUGCUAUUCAAUUUGAUUGGGAACCUGGCCUUCCCAUUGAUCUUGAUUGGGGGUCUGUUCCUUCUUUCAAGACGAUCUUCAGGAGGGAUGGGUGGCCCUGGUGGGCCUGGCUUCCCAAUGGCUUUUGGUCAGUCCAAAGCCAAGUUCCAAAUGGAACCAAACACUGGUGUAACUUUUGAUGAUGUUGCUGGAGUGGAUGAAGCAAAGCAGGAUUUUAUGGAGGUUGUGGAGUUUUUGAAGAAGCCCGAAAGAUUUACUGCCGUGGGAGCCCGUAUUCCCAAGGGGGUCCUUCUUGUUGGUCCUCCUGGUACUGGAAAGACAUUGCUGGCUAAGGCCAUUGCGGGUGAAGCAGGUGUCCCAUUUUUCUCAAUUUCAGGUUCAGAGUUUGUUGAGAUGUUUGUUGGUGUUGGUGCCUCUCGUGUGCGUGAUCUUUUCAAGAAAGCAAAGGAGAAUGCUCCAUGCAUUGUUUUUGUUGAUGAAAUUGAUGCUGUUGGGCGACAGAGAGGAACUGGAAUUGGGGGAGGAAACGAUGAAAGGGAGCAGACACUUAACCAACUUUUGACCGAGAUGGAUGGGUUUGAAGGUAACACAGGCAUCAUUGUAAUUGCGGCUACUAACCGCGCUGAUAUUCUUGAUUCUGCCUUGUUGAGGCCAGGGCGUUUUGAUAGACAGGUGACUGUUGAUGUUCCUGAUGUCCGGGGAAGAACAGAGAUUUUGAAGGUUCACGGCGGCAACAAGAAAUUUGAUUCUGAUGUGUCCCUUGAAGUUAUAGCCAUGCGAACUCCUGGAUUUAGUGGAGCAGAUCUUGCAAAUUUGUUGAACGAGGCAGCUAUACUUGCUGGCCGACGUGGGAAGACAGCAAUUUCAUCCAAAGAGAUUGAUGAUUCAAUUGAUAGGAUUGUGGCAGGUAUGGAAGGGACAGUAAUGACUGAUGGCAAGAGCAAAAGCUUGGUUGCAUACCAUGAAGUUGGGCAUGCCAUCUGUGGCACUCUCACACCGGGGCAUGAUGCCGUUCAGAAGGUUACCUUAGUUCCGCGUGGACAAGCUCGGGGUCUGACCUGGUUUAUCCCUGCAGAUGACCCCACCUUGAUCUCCAAGCAGCAACUAUUUGCAAGAAUUGUUGGUGGGCUUGGUGGAAGAGCUGCCGAGGAGGUGAUCUUUGGCGAGCCUGAGGUGACAACAGGUGCAGCCGGUGAUUUGCAGCAGAUAACUGGCUUGGCAAAACAGAUGGUGGUGACCUUCGGCAUGUCAGACAUUGGUCCAUGGUCAUUGAUGGACUCAUCAGCACAAAGUGGUGACGUGAUCAUGCGAAUGAUGGCGAGGAAUUCAAUGUCCGAAAAGCUUGCUGAAGACAUUGAUUCCGCUGUGAAGAGAAUUUCUGAUAGUGCAUAUGAGAUUGCUUUGAGCCACAUCCGGAACAACCGUGAGGCAAUCGACAAGAUUGUUGAGGUCCUCCUUGAGAAAGAGACAUUGACUGGAGAUGAAUUCCGGGCAAUUCUUUCUGAAUUCGUAGAAAUUCCAGUGGAAAACAGAGUUCCUCCAGCUGUGAAGGCACCUGUAGCUGUCUAA